AUGAAUGAACCAUGCUACAAAAAAGUCCAGGAUUUCUAUACAUCUGACCCCAGGAAACCUAUGCUGAAGGAAGUGAGUGCUUGGCCAUAGGCUGGAAAGGGCAGCAGCAGCUCUGGAGUUCCUUUUCCUUGCCCACAUGUUGUUUGCCACUCCUUGUUGUGCCUGGCAGGCACUCUGCUGGGACAUCCUCAGUGUUUGGAUUAUGGGCUUCCUUUCCAGUCCCCUUUGCCCUUGGAAUUCUGCUCUGCCUAUGAAAAUUUCAGCUGCUGUGACCAGGAGAGAGACAGCAUUGCAGCCAAAUACUGGGACAUCACGGAUUACAUGGAUCCCCAGGGGUAUAAAUUGUGUGGAACAAACAUCAAGGAUAUCCUGUGUCAGGAAUGUUCUCCAUAUGCUGCACAUCUCUAUGAUGCAGAAACCCCACAGACCCCUCUAAGAAGCCUCCGACUUUGUUUUGACCACUGCUCUGAGUUUUACCCCAACUGCUACCCUGCCAUCUGCCUGCUGAUGGGUGACAAGCACAUCCAGGUGUGCUGUGAGACGAGCAGGACCCACUUCUAGCAGCUCCUGCAGCUCCAGGAUGAGGAUUACUGCUUCUCCCAGGUGCUGCAGAACUCAUCCUGGGCUGUGCCCAGCUGGCAUGAGAGGAGCUUCCUGGGAAUGGCUUUCCACCCCAAGCACAAGGACAACGGGAAGUUUUAUAUCUACUACCCAUAUAUGGCAAAGAACUGAGUGGAAAAGAUGAGGAUCAGUGAAUUGAAGGUUUUGGUGUCUGAUGCCAACAAAGCUGAUCCAAGCUCUGAAAGGAAUUUCCUGGAGCUUGAGGAACCAGCUGCAAAUCACACUGGUGGGCUGCUGCUCUUUGGUGUGGAUAGUUAUUCAUAUAUAUUCACAGGAGAUGGAGGGAAAGCUGGAGACCCUUUUGGAAAAUUUGGGAAUGCUCAGAACAAGUUAGUAGGAGGGCAGGUGAAAGCUUUGAGCUUGUUCACCAAGAUGUGGAAGAACAGAAGUAAGCUGCUGAAUUACCACUGGAAUUUUGCUAAGCACUUUGACGACGUUCUGCCAAUAUUUGCAUAUGGCCGCAGUGUGGGAGGCUUUGUCUACAGGGGAUGUGAAUCACCCAGCUUGAAUGGCCUUUAUAUUUUUGGUGAUUUCAUGAGUGGUCGACUUAUGGCUUUACAGGAAGAUAAGAAGACAAAUAAGUGGAAGAAGCAUGAUAACUGCAUUGGCUGCACAACAGCUUGCGCUUUCCCUGGAAUGAUCAGUUCCUACAGCAAAUUCAUCAUCUCAUUUGCUGAGGAUGAAGCAGGGGAACUGUAUUUUAUGUCUACUUCUUAUCCCAGUGCCUAUGCACCACAUGGACCACUCUACAAGCUCAUUGAUCCUGCAAAGAGAGCUCCACCACAGAAGUGUAAGUACAAGCCUAUUCCAGUGAAAACAAAGAACAAGUGGAUACCCUUGAUUCCACAUGCAACGCCGCCGGGAGCGCCCCGGCCCCGGAGGCAGCCGAGCCCGCGACGCGUCUGCCACCGCCGCCCUCCGGAGGCGCCGGGCCGGGAUGCAAAAGGCAGCGACCCCCGCUCCCCCAGGACUGCUCAGGGGAGAGCCAGCAAUAAAAACCAGCAGGAAAAGCGCGGCAGGCCCCAGCGAGGAUCGAACUCGCGACCCCUGGUUUACAAGACCAGUGCUCUAACCACUGAGCUAUGGAGCCACCUAUCAGUCGGGGCCCUGCGGAGGGCUCCUGUCCCUGCGCGGCGCGGCCCGAGGGCGGCGGGGAUCCCCGGCGCUGUGAGGCAGCACCUGCCGCGGAUUGAGGGUCCUGGAAGGGCCCUGGGGAGGAGAGUUCCGGGGGGGAUUGCUCCCAGGAGUGAUUCCCGCUCCUCCCGGGCAGCCCCCACGCUGUGA